AACGAAGAUAGCUCUUCCAGAGUUACUGCCGGUCCCGAGCCCGGGUAAAGGAGGAGGGUUGAGCAUGGGGUUAGCAUCCCCAUCCCGUAGAAAACUAACUCGCUAAAAAACGCUUACCAGAAAAAUUAUUCAAACCAUUUAAACUCUGCCCUGGGAGUCAGAAGGUCUUCAUUUAGAAGAAUUAUGACGCUUCAUGGUGAAAGCCGAGUUCCUUCGGAAUCCACGAGGCCGAUGCCCUUUCUAACAACCAGAGCAAAAAUUUUUAUAGGUACAUGGAACGUCUGAACAAUGUGGGAGGCCGGAAAGACCAGUCAAAUAGCAACGGAAAUGAGGAGAUACAACUUGGCAGUACUGGGAAUCAGCGAAACCCAUUGGACUCAAGCUGGACAACAAAGGCUAAAUACGGGAGAGAUGCUACUAUACUCCGGUCAUGAAGAGGAAAAUGCUCCGCACACUCAGGGAGUUGCUCUAAUGCUGUCCAAAGUAGCACGAAAUGCACUUGUAGGAUGGGAAUCUCACGGAUCCAGAAUCAUCAAAGCAUCAUUCAAAACAAAGAAGGAGGGGAUCUUAAUAAAUAUUAUCCAAUGUUAUGCACCCACCAAUGAUAGCAACGACGAAAUUAAAGAUCAGUUCUACGAGCGGCUGCAGUCAAUCAUUGAGAAAUGCCCAAGGAAGGACCUAACUAUUCUGAUGGGAGAUCUAAAUGCCAAAGUCGGAAUAGACAACACCGGAUAUGAAGAUAUUAUGGGACGACAUGGACUGGGAGAGAGAAACGAAAAUGGAGAAAGAUUUGCAAAUCUAUGUGCAUUCAACAAAUUGGUCAUAGGAGGCACAAUAUUUCCACACAAGCGUAUACACAAAGCUACAUGGAUCUCACCGGACCACACUACGGAGAACCAGAUAGAUCUGUCAACGUGGCUCAGACUAGGAGUUAGUGACUUCAAGGAUUAAUGCUACAUUUUCGUUUGG